CGAUACCAACUACCAUUCUUGGAGUCGUUCAAUGUUGACGGCUCUUAGUGCCAAAAACAAAAUUGAGUUUGUUCUUGGAAAUCUUCAACCACCUGCCGCCGAUAAGCCCGAACACGCUGCCUGGAUUCGAGGGAAUAACAUGGUUGUAUCGUGGCUUGUCCAUUCUGUUUCUACGAACAUUCGUCAGAGUAUAAUAUGGAUGAACAACGCUUCAGAAAUCUGGAUUGAUCUAAAGAACAGGUUCUCUCAAGGAAGCUUAUCUCGCAUUUCGGGCCUUCAACAUGAUAUCGCUACCCUUCACCAAGGUGACCUCACCAUUUCCGAAUACUUUACAAAACUUCGCAUUCUCUGGGACGAAAUCGAAAAUUUCCGAUCAGAACCUGUUUGUACCUGUAAACCAGACUGUAAUUGUCAAGUUUUGACAAUCUUNAAACAAAGAAAACAGGAAGACCAAGUUAUGCAGUUCUUGCGUGGGCUUAAUGAUCAUUUCACCAAUNUUACUUCUCAUGUGCUCCUUUUGGAUCCCAUUCCGGACAUCANCNAAGUUUUCUCCUUAGUGGCCCAGCAAGAAAGACAAUUUUCUUCUGGAAAUCUGGUUGCCGUGGCCAAGAUUCAAGAUAUCAACAAUUCUAAUAAUGUCACCGCUUACACCGCUUCAACCUCUUCCACCACUUGCAAUUAUUGUGGCAAAUAUGGGCACAACGAAGCUGUUUGUUACCGCAAAAAUGGUUUUCCUAAUUNAGACAGAAGCUCCAGAAAUAUUCCGAAUAAUAGAAGACACUGCACUCAUUGCAAUAAAAGUGGUCAUACGGUGGAAGUCUGCUAUAAAAAGCAUGGAUACCCUCCAGGACAUAAACUCUACAACAAGAGCGCUCAGAUUCAUCAAACAUCUAUUCAAGAAGACAAUGGAAAUACUAAAGAAAACAAUUCGGACAAUACUGAAUCCAUUCGUCUUACAUCACAACAGUUUCAAAUACUGGCUAAUCUCUUCAAAAAUCACAAUCUGAACGACUCUUCUACUUCAGCCCAAGUUCAUCACAUUGGCUCUGUUUCUGCAAAUCAAGCUUUUUCAGGACAUUCAGACCAAAGAGAAGAUUUCUAUAGUUAAACUCACUGGUGGCCUAUAUGUUUCAGAUUUUUCCUCAAAUAUGCCCACUGUCUGUUCUGUUAACAAUACUGUAAAUGAUACUGGCCUAUGGCAUCUACGAUUAGGACAUCCUUCUGAUAUCAGACUACAUACUCUCAAACUUAAAUACCCUUUCAUUGUUCAUCAUCCUACAUACAUGUGUGAUACUUGUCAUCGUGCAAAACAGAAAAAGUUACCUUUUCAUGAUAGCAACUCUAAUACAAUGAAUAUUUUUGAUCUUAUUCAUGUUGAUAUAUGGGGUCCUUGUAAUAUUACUUCUAUGCGUGGUUUUAAGUAUUUUCUGACUAUUGUGGAUGAUUUCUCCCGAUACACUUGGUUGAUACCCAUGCCUAAUAAAUCUGUUGUUAGAAAAACCANUAUUGAUUUUAUUACUAAUGUAGAAAACCAGUUUUCAACAACAGUUAAAACCAUACGUACUGAUAAUGGAAUUGAAUUUGCCAUGCAUAACUUCUUUUCCCUUAAAGGCAUUAACCAUCAAACCACUUGUAAUGAAACCCCACAACAAAAUGGUAUUGUUGAGCGAAAACACCAGCAUUUGUUGAAUGUCACUCGUUCCCUCCUUUUUCAAGCUAAUUUACCUACUAUUUUUUGGUGUUUUGCUGCUGAAUAUGCUGCCUUACUGAUAAAUUGUAUG